AUGACUAGGAGGUCCAACAAGGACAACCUAGUUGAACAUCCAGAGAUAGACAAGCUUGAGAAGCAACUUAGGAAGCAGAAAGCCCAAGAGAUGGCCGACGAAGCAGCUCGCGCUCACGCCGCUGAAGUGGCGCGCGCUCAAGAAGAAGGAAGAGAUCCACCUCCUCCUCCUAAUCCACAAGACCCUGCUGGAGAUGUGAAUGUGCACAACCCAAGCUGGAGCACCUACAAUCGGAGACUAUGA